GAGGCGUCCGUGCCGGUCCGGUCCAGGGCCGAUCCGAUUGGGCCCGACAUCGCUAAACCGACUCUCCGCUUCGCUCGACUGCUGUUCACUGUUCCGACUUCAGAGGGUUGUUCGCUGUUCGCGCCUCGUUCGAAUUCCUCCCAAUCCCUAAAUUCCCGAUGAUCGACGAACCGAAGUGAAGGAUUUCGCUGGUCAAUAUCUCGUCUCUCUUCCCGAAAAGGAUAUUCGAUCGGGUUCCAUGGCUUCGGCGGAGACUCCCUCCGUUCCAGAACCAAAGGACAAAGAAACGGCUGACGCGAGCACCGCGGUCGACAAGUACAGCAUCGAGGCGGCAGAGUCUUUAGCGAACAAGGCGCUGCAUCUGCCCAUUGCGGACGCGGCGCCUAUAUACGAGCAACUCCUGGCUGUGUUUCCAACCGCUGCAAAAUUCUGGAAGCAAUACGUAGAGGCUUUCAUGACUGUCAACAAUGACGAUGCUACUAAACAGAUAUUUAGUCGGUGUUUGCUGAGUUGUCUUCAUGUUCCUCUUUGGCGGUGCUACAUUCGUUUCAUUCGAAAGGUCAACGAGAAGAAAGGUGCUGAGGGUCAUGAAGAGACUAGGAAAGCAUUUGAUUUUAUGCUUAGUUAUGUAGGUUCUGACAUAGCAUCUGGACCAGUCUGGAUGGACUACAUAACAUUUUUGAAGUCCCUGCAGGCUCUAAAUGCAGUGGAGGAGUCACAACGGAUGACUGCUGUGCGCAAAGCAUAUCAAAAAGCUAUUGUCACUCCUACCCAUCAUGUUGAACAACUUUGGAGAGACUAUGAAAACUUUGAGAACUCUGUCAGUCGUCAGUUGGCCAAGGGACUCGUAUCUGAAUACCAACCAAAGUAUAAUAGCGCAAGGGCCGUCUACAAGGAAAGGAAGAAAUACGUUGAUGAAAUUGAUUGGAAUAUGCUCGCGGUUCCACCCACUGGGUCAAGUAAGGAAGAAUCGCAGUGGAUGGCAUGGAAAAGACUUUUAGCCUUUGAAAAGGCGAAUCCUCAGAGAAUAGACACCGUAUCUGCCAACAAGCGCAUUGUAUUUACUUAUGAGCAGUGUUUAAUGUAUCUAUACCAUUAUCCUGAUAUAUGGCACGAUUAUGCGACAUGGCAUGCAAAAAGUGGUUCCAUGGAGGCUGCCAUUAAAGUAUUUCAGCGAGCAUUGAAGGCUCUUCCUGACUCUGAGCUACUGAGGUAUGCAUAUGCCGAGCUGGAGGAAUCCCGUGGAGCAGUUCAGGCGGCGAAGAAAGUGUAUGAAAGCCUAUUGACAGAUGGCACUCAUAAUGCUUCUCUAGCACAUAUACAAUAUAUCCGCUUUUUGAGAAGGACGGAGGGAUUUGAAGCUGCUCGCAAGUACUUUCUAGAUGCACGUCAAUCACCAAAUUGUACUUAUCAUGUUUAUGUCGCUUAUGCUACAAUGGCCUUCUGUCUUGACAAAGAACCCAAGGUAGCACAUAAUGUCUUUGAAGCUGGAAUGAAAAGAUAUAUGCAAGAACCUGCAUACAUUCUUGAAUAUGCAGAUUUCUUGUCUCGCAUGAAUGACGAUAAGAACAUCCGUGCUUUAUUUGAGCGUGCUUUAAGCUCACUGCCAGCUGAGGCAUCUGCUGAGGUAUGGAAAAGUUUUGUCCAGUUUGAGCAAACUUAUGGAGAUCUUGCUAGUGUUUUGAAGGUUGAACAAAGAAGAAAAGAGGCACUCUUUGGAACAGUAGAAGAUGGAGGAUCAGCAUUAGAAGGUUCAUUACAAGACAUUGUGUCACGAUAUAGUUUCAUGGAUCUUUGGCCGUGCUCUUCUCGGGAUCUGGAUCAUUUGUCACGUCAGGAGCGGCUAUCCAAAUACAUCAGUAAGAAAUUAGAGAAGCCAACUCUGCCCAGUGGACCUGGAUUUGUUGAUAGGGGAGCGUCCGGCCUGACAAGCACUUCAAUUGGAUCUGCGGAUAUUAUACAUCCUAAUACAUCUCUCAUGGUGAUCUAUGACCCAGGACAAAAACCUGGGUCAACAAUCCUUUCGAGUUCUGUGGGUCCUGGAGUUUCUGUUCCUUCUAGCAACUUGCCAAACCCCCUUGUGGGAAGUGCAGGUGGCAGCUCAACCAGUGCAUUUGAUGACAUAUUGAAAGUGACUCCACCUGCAUUGGUGGCAUUUUUAGCAAACUUGCCUGCCGUGGAAGGACCAACACCAGAUGUGGAUAUCGUUCUAUCUAUAUGUCUGCAGAGCAAUAUACCUGCCGGACAGAAGGGGAAAUCUGGGUCUAUGACCAAGCAAUCGGUCCCAGUUCAUGCUCCCAGUGUAAGUGAGGUGUCUGGUUCAAGCAAGUCCCGUCCUAUGCCAAGUGGUUCCUCUUACAAACAAACAGGGGACAGGCAAUCUGGAAAAAGGAAAGGGCCAGAUGACGACGAUAGUGUGACUGUUCAAAGCCAACCACUCCCGAGAGAUGUUUUCAGAAUACGACAGAUUCAGAGGGCUCGAGUUACUUCUUCGCAAACAGGUUCCACAUCUUAUGGGAGUGCAUUCUCAGGAGAUCUCUCUGGCAGCACCAGCUGAAAGUAAUGUUGCUUUGAUUGUUUUGUUUAUGAUUUAUUGAUCAUCCUUUUACCCGAGUUUUUAGACGAAGACUAUUUAAGUAGCUUAAAGCCUCAUCUUUUCCAGCUUGUUAAUGGUAGUUGGAUUCCAAUUUAUUGAUGACGACUUUUUCUAAUGCAUUCCCAGCUUGAUGCUUAUUUGCUAUAAAUCCACUUUGAGCUGUUGAUUUUA